AUGCAAAUUUUGAGUCGAUGUGGGGCGAGCGGCGCCUACCUCCGGUCUGGCAACGUAAGGCCAUGUCCUGUGCAUCAAACUGAAAGCGAUGUAGGUUUGGUCGUGUUGUCGACUCGAUCCACCUCAUAUCGUAGGCAAGAACAUCAGCAACAGGAUCGGCGUGUACGCUGGACGAAAGAGGAUAACUCUACUGCUGUGCGUGCACAUUAUAUUGCACUUGAAAUCGUAGGUGAGAGAGGAAAAAACUAUAUGCAGACGUUGGCUAAUGUAUGGAAUGCUAUGAGGCAUGACAGAAGGACUUAUGCCCAACUCAUCUCCAACCGAGUGCGUUGGAUAUUAGAUGAACAAAAAAUAUCUGCUCCAGAGCUGGAAUUGAUAAAGCGUAGCUGCUGGCCGGAUCGGAUCCUUCUUGAUGAUGCUGAUGGUGAUCCUGGGACACCAGAAACAUCUUUUGAACACCAGAGUGCACCCGUGCAGCGGAGUCCACGAGGCGAUGGGUCGGGCAGCUAUGCUGAGGCGGUGUUCUGUAGGAAUUUUAUGAGGUACAGAGGAAUGGACCCAGCGGUUAGACCUUCAAUACCCAGACUUAGGCAUUGCAAAAAGUUGCUUGAAGAUCUAGAAGCUAUCAAUCAAAUAUUAUCCAAAAACUUGGGAAGCGAACCAUCUCCCCUCCAUGUGGUGGAUGUUGUUUAUGCCGGUGCGGUUGCUGCUGCUGAGCUUCAGGGAAAGUCACCUCCAGGUUGGGAUCGAGUUAGGGCCAGUCGUGAACCUCCUUGGAAGAUCCGAUUGGAAGGAAAAAUAAAUGGCCUCAGAAAGAAGAUAGGAAAAAUACAUACCUUUCUGAACACUUUCCAACCAACUAGGAAGCUUUUGCGGUCUAUCAGGACGCUUGCAAAAGAGCAUAACAUAAAAAUAAACGAAGAAAAUUUCCUCAGGAAGAUCACUACCCUCGCUGAUAACCUGAAACAAAAAUCAAAGGCAUUAGGAGCUAGAUUGAGACGUUACAAUGACAGAACAAAAAGAUUCAGGAAUAACAACUUAUAUCACUCGAACCAAAAGGAAUUUUUUCGUAAUCUGGAGGGAAAAGCUGGGAGCGGCGGACCGUUGCCGCAACCCGGAGCAAUGGAGGACUACUGGAGGAACAUCUGGGGUGAAGAGGUACAUCAUGAUGAGCAGGCAUAUUGGAUCGGAGAGGUGGAAGAUAAAUUCUCUCGGAAUACGAUGAAUGAGAUCAGGAUAGAGAAGGAAGACAUUGAGCAGAUUCUGGAAGCUGCUAAUAAUUGGGCGGCACCUGGAGUAGACAAGAUACAUAAUUUUUGGUGGAAGAACUUCACAGCUGUUCAUUCUUGCUUGGCACGUUUAUUUCAGAGAAUGCUGCAGAACCCAGAACUGGUUCCUGAUUACAUGACAACUGGGAUCACAUAUAUGCUUCCAAAAGGUUCUAACUCAGCUGAUCCAAAAAAUUACAGGCCAAUUACUUGUUUACCCACGGUGUAUAAGCUACUUACUGGAGUACUAACGCGUCACAUCAGAAAAUUUAUCAAAGAUAAUAAGAUUCUUGCCCCUGAGCAGAAUGGAUGCAGGUCAAAAACUAUGGGAGCUAAAGAACUUUUGAUAACGGACCUUUUAAUCACUAAACAUGCUAGAAAAAGGUUGAGAAAUAUCUCGGUGGCAUGGAUCGAUUAUAAAAAGGCCUUCGAUUCCGUGCCACACUCCUGGCUCCUUAAAGUUCUCAAACUGUAUGGAAUAAGUGGACCCGUCAUUCAUCUGCUGGAACGACUUAUGAGCAGAUGGCGAACAUCGUUAAGUAUAAGGUCAGAAAAUACCAUCAUCAAAACAUCUCCUAUUGACAUAAAGCGCGGUAUUUUUCAAGGUGACACGUUUAGCCCUCUGUGGUUUUGUCUGGCCCUCAAUCCGCUUAGUUCACUUCUUAACAGCACAAAGUUCGGUAACAUUCUAGAUAAAACACGACAAAUCAAGGUAACUCAUCAACUAUAUAUGGAUGAUCUCAAGUUAUAUGCUUCCAAUGAAGAUCAACAGAGCAAACUUCUGGAGGUAGUGACAGCCUUCAGUAAUUCUAUAAAUAUGGAGCUUGGACUUGAUAAGGGUGCGAAGAUAAGCGUGAAAAGGGGAAAAAUAUCAAACGAAGAUUCGAAUACCAUGAAUCAGAAUAUGAAACAGUAUCUUGAAGAAGACACCACUUACAAAUACCUAGGCGUACAUCAAGCCCUAGAGAUAAAAAAUGCAGAGAUGAAGGAAGCCUUCAAGGAAAAAUUCUUUCACCGUGUGGGUCAGGUAAUAAGAUCUAAAUUGAGCUCAAAAUCGAUGUUCACUGCCCUGAACACCUGGGCAACCCCUAGCAUAACUUAUACAUUUGGUAUACUCACGUGGUCCACUACAGAACUCACAGCACUCGAUGUGAAGGUCAGGACCAUGCUGACGAAGUAUGGCAUACACCAUCCUCAUGCCUCUGUUGCUAGACUGUAUCUCCAGAGACACCAAGGAGGAAGAGGGUUGGUUGGCCUGGAAUCAACCCACAAUCGAUCUAUAAUGAAGCUCAGGGAUUACUUCAGAAAACAGAGCUCACCUUAUUUCAGGACACUUUGCCAAAUCGAUGACGGAUAUACACCUCUAAAGCUGUCUAGGGAUUACUUCACACCGUCGGUCGUGGAAAAUCAGCAGCUGCAGGAUGAAUGGAGGGGAAAGGCCCUACACGGACGAUAUCCUAAUAGUCUGGAAGAGGAAAAUGUUGAUAAGAAGGAAUCUCUUACUUACCUUCGAGCUGGGUACUUGUUCCCUGAAACUGAGCGUCGGCUACUUGCCAUUCAGGAUCAGGUGAUCCCGACUAGAUCCUAUUUAAAGAACAUAGCUGGACAGGAUUUGACCUCUGAUUUAUGCCGCAAAUGUGGUCGAUCCUGUGAACAUAUUCAGCAUGUGACAUCAUCAUGCUCCGUGCUCGCUCCGAGGGAGUACACGGAUAGGCAUAAUCAGAUGGCGAAAAACAGGCAAAAAAAUCAUAUUUACUCACCUGCCAAUGUAUUGGAAAACGAGAGUUGUAGGUUGUACUGGGACACCACGAUCGUCACGGAUAGGCCUGUUGCGAGCAACAGACCUGAUAUUGUCUUGAUACGGAAAGAAGAUAAAACAGCCUUCGUGAUAGACAUAACGGUCCCAGCGGAUGACAAUAUCUCAGAGGCCUGUAGGGAGAAGAUCGCGAAGUACUAUGAUCUUUCCUUUGAAAUGAAGAACAUAUAUCAGCUCAAGUCUGCUGUGGUGGUGCCACUGAUCAUAUCCGUUAACGGUCUCAUCGAGAAACAUCUUCGAGAGAACACAAAGAUACUGCAACUGGAAAGCUCACUCAUCUCUGACGCCCAAAGGGAGGUCAUCUUGGGUACUACACGCAUAGUCAGACGGUUUCUACAUUGCGCUUGA